UUAAUUUAAUGGCGGUAAAAUUAAAACGUUUUCAUCAAUUUACACUUCAACAUUGUACAAUAUACAAAAUAUUAGUAAACAGUUUAAUUUGAUCAAACUAAACUAGCUAAAUAUGUCAACUCAACGGAAGGGAAGGCGAAAAAGUAUCCAGAACAGUGAUCCAGGCAAAAUCUUAGAUUUGGUGAUGAGUCUCAACGAUGAAGCCUGUGCUCAGUUGCAAAUCAAAAUAAAUACUUAUCUUGCUGAUGAAUGUGAAGCUGACCUGGUACUGCUAGUGGUGGUGAACGCGGAGCGCAUGGAGGCGUCUAUUGAUGCAGUUGGAUCGGCUGCAUUGCAACGAAAACAUAAAAUAUGUAUGUCGCUGAAAUUAGGGGAUGUGCUGAAAUCUCUCCAGGAACAAACUGAAUUGUUGAGUAAUUUUCCACCUGACUUCCAAGCUAUACUCGCUCCUUACGUCCCGAAAGAUACGCAGAAGAGGCGUAUGGUGAUGUACCCCAUCUCGGACCGGCCAUUCUCGGUGAUCGUAUGCAUUUUGGCUCCCAAAGUGCAAGAGGACCACGUCGCUAUACUCAUCCAUGAAUGUUUUCUGUUUACUUGGCCUACCUUGAAGAAGACUAUUCGUUUCGAAUACGAAUGCACUCUAAAACAGAAAUGCCAACAACUCCUGCGCGUAGCUAAACGACUCUUCACUCAAGUGGCAUCGCUGGAUACGCUGCUGCAGAUCGCCAUGGACCAGGCGAAGCAGCUGACCAAGGCCGAGUACUGUUCAGUGAUGCUGGUCGACGUGGAGCGAAUGGAACUUAUCGACUCCAGCGCCCACUGGAAGGUCAGGCAGAAAGCAGACGAGAAAGAACGCAGAUUUCCACUAAACAAAGGAAUCGCUGGUUACGUGAUACAAACUGGUCAGCUAGUCAACGCAAAGUCUGCGAAGGAUCAUGGUUCUUUCGACGCCGACAUAGAUGGGGGUCCCGGUAUAGACUGCAAGACAAUCUUGUGCUUCCCCAUCCGAGAACAGACCGGGAUCAUUGGGGUGGGUCAGCUGAUCAACAAGAUUGGGGACCCCUACUUCGAUGCCAUGGAUGAAGAGAUGGCUCUGGCCUUCAGCAUCUACUGUGGGGUCUGCAUCAUACACUCGGUGGUCUACCAGAAGAUACAGGAGGCGCAUAUUCGGAACACGCUGGCUAAUGAGCUGGUCAUGUAUCAUAUGAAGGUGGGUGAUGCGGAAGUGGCUCGGAUGCUGGAGUGCUCGGGUUUCCAUAACCACCCGCAUCUAUCCAGCCUGCACUUCAACCCGCGCGCGCUGCCGCUGCGGGAACUGCCCUGCUAUGCGCUCAAGAUGUUCUCCGAUUUGGGAUUGGACAAAAAGUUUAACAUAAAGACCCCAAAGCUAGCCCGGUUCAUCCUAUACGUGAAGAAGGGCUACCGCGACGUGCCGUACCACAGCUGGCUGCACGCGUUCAAUGUCGGCCAGUGGGCUUAUGCCGCGAUCGUCAACUACAAACUCGUCUCGCAAGGGUAUUUCAGUGAUUUGCAGGCGUUGAUGUAUGUGAUAGCGGGCCUGGUACACGAUUUGGAUCACCGUGGGACAACCAACAGUUUUCAUAUACAUGGACAAACGACCCUGGCGGCCCUGUACUCCAGUGAAGGCAGCGUGAUGGAGCGCCACCACCUCGCGCAGGCCAUGUGCAUCCUCAACACGGAGGGAUGCGAUAUCCUGGAGACUUUGCCGCGACGGGACUACGAUAGGGCCAUCAUGCUGCUAAGGGACUACAUCCUGGCUUCGGACUUGGCUAAUUACUUCAAAAAUCUCAAUGACUUCAAGGCUAUAUCGAUGGAUUACCAGAAAGGCAACCGGGUGCACGCCACUGCUCUGCAGUCGCUGCUUAUGAACGCGGCGGAUCUCAGCGACCAGCUCAAAGACUGGACCAGCGUCAAGAAGACUGCCGCAGCAGUGCUGACGGAAUUUUUCCGCCAAGGAGACGUGGAGAAGAGCCGCGGCGACCUGCCGCCCAUCAUCAUGGACCGAGAGAAGUGCUUCAUCCCCGACCUCGAGAUACAGUUUCUGCAGACCACGUGCAUCCCGCUUUUUGACACUUUAGCAAGAAUCAUACCCAAAGCGGGAACGUGUGUCAAGAUUAUUGAGAAUCACAUCGAAAGGUGGGAGGCGGCGAAACCUAUAUUUAGCGAGGUGCCGACUACAGCGGGUCUGUCAGUACUUUUGAGUCCAGAACUAGACAACCUGAUUGAGCUUAAUAUGAAAGAGAAAGAGAGAUUGCGUUUGGAGGCAGAGGCCGAAGGAAAUGCCGAAAACUAAAUUAUUUAUAUUUAUUUUAGGCGGUACUAAAAAAAUUCUAGUUUGUUUUUUUAUAUUUUGAAGUCACUUUAAAAAUAAAACCGUUUUAGGGCUGUCCUAGUUUAUGACGUUACGAUAUUUCUGUC